AUGGCGGCGGCGGCGGUGCUGCAGGUUCAAGUUCGGGAGCAGGUGCUGGCGGUGGCGGUGGUGCAGUUUCAGCUGUCUGUACGUGGCAGGCGGCGCGGUGCCGUGUUCAUGGCCGCCGCGGGCAGCGGCCCCUGGCGCUUUGACGACCUGUCAGGAGCAUCGACAGGCAUGAGCAGCACCAGCGGAGUGUCAGGCUUCGAUGCGCUGUGGCAGGAGCAGAUACGGGGCAUGGAGCGCGCGCAGGCAGAGAUGGCGGAGAUGCAUCGCCAGGCGAGCACAGCGGGGCAGAUGGACCAGCGCUUUGAGGCGUCGCAGCGUGAGAUGGCGCAGGUGCAGCAGCAGGACGGCGGCAGCGGGCGCGGGGUUGAGGAGCGUCAGCAGCACAUCGACGGCGGCGGCGGGCCCUGCGGCUACCGCUGGCAGCGCUCGGAGCGGCACGAGGGGCCAGGCGGCUCCUACCACGCCUUCCGCUCAGAGAGCUUCACGGUGAUUGGGGUGCCCCACGGCUGCAGCGGCGUGGGCGCGUACGCGGCGCCGCCGUCCGCGCUGCACCUGGGGCCGUGGACGGGGGUGGGCCUGCUGCUGGCGGCGGGCCUGGCCGGCUUCUGGGCAGCCGCGACUGCCGCCUUUGCCAAGCGCUUCCACCUCACCAUCUACAAGGAGCGCAGCCGCUGGUGGCUGCUGCUGGCCUGGCCGCUGCUGCUGCUGGUCAGCGCCGAGUUCAGGACUGAGUGGCAGCAGGCGAUGCGCGGGGGGGCGGCGGCGGGCGAGAAGGAUGGGCCCAGCGGCGAUCGCUUUGUGCCCAGCAUGCCCGGCAAGUAG